AUGCACCAGCCCGGCUAUCUCAGGACUCCAGGUAGAAUUGAUCGACCAGCAUUCUACGACAUUCGUGUUGAAAGUAAAAGUCGUCAAGCAGCACACGAAGCCACACGUAAAAGUUCGAAGGCCUUAGUGGCUGAUGAAUGUGAGGAAACAAAUCGAAUCACUUCACGGUUUUCAGUUCGAAUUUUAUGGAUCAUUUUUAGUACAGUGUCACUUAUUUGUUUCUGCACACAAUGUAUGCUUGUGUUUGAAAAGUAUCAGAAAAAAGAGAAAAUAGUUAACGUUGAGUUAGAAUUCGAAUCGGCUCCAUUUCCCGCCAUAACCGUUUGUAAUUUGAACCCGUUCAAAAAUCAUCUAGCACGAAGUGUUCAGGAAAUCAGUGAAACGUUAGAUGCAUUUCAUCAAGCUGUCACAUAUAGUAACACUGCUAAUCAUGAGAGAAUUCGUAAUUAUCGUUUCGUGCAAUAUGAAGCCGUGUAUUCGGCAUGUGACUGUGGACGUGGUCUGACGGUCGAAUGUGUUGGAUCCGAUGCCGUUCCACCGAAUAUCACCAGUGCCUGUAUUUGCAACUACGAUCGUCGUGACGGUAGCGUUUGGCCGUGCUACGGUACCAAAACUUGGACGGAGUUAGUAUGUCCAGAAUGCAAUGAUAUAGGGUACUGUAAUAUGCCGAACACAAUAGGAACAGAUUCGAUACCUUGUCUAUGUCAACUGAAUAUGGGCUAUUGCAUACUCAAAGGUGAGGAGCGACUUAGACGUGUAUGGGAGUUUCGAGGCCGAGUUGUUCCACCAAUGGACAACCCGUUCCGAAAUGACUUUCUCAACCAUCUCAAAGAACUCGGUUAUGGCAACAUGACCGACCAGGUUGCAAUCACGACACGAGCAAAGGAGGAGUUAAUCUUGAAGAUGUCAGCACUACCGCCACAACGACGAGCUGCAUUGGGAUAUGGUAAAUCAGAACUCAUCAAACAAUGCUCGUUCAACAGUAUGCAGUGCGACAUAGAGAGAGAAUUCAAGCUUCAUAUUGAUCCGGAAUUUGGAAACUGCUAUACAUUCAACGCCGAUCCGAGCAGAGUACUAGCGAGCAGUCGUGCUGGGCCAAGCUACGGUUUACGGUUAAUGAUGUUCGUUAACACUUCCGACUACUUACCCACAACAGAAGCUACUGGAGUUCGGAUCACUAUUCAUGGCCAAAAACAAUGUCCUUUCCCGGAUACUUUCGGAUACUCUGCACCAACUGGAACUGUAUCUGCUUUUGGUAUAUCAUUAGUAAUAAAUCGACUUGAAGAUGGUGGUUGUUUCGAUUCGAACACAUCUCUGCCAUUGGGAUACAUCUAUAGAGGUUACAGUUAUGAGCCAGAGAUAAGUUACAUUUCCAUUGACCACAAGGGAUGCUACCGUAAUUGCUAUCAAAAACGAAUUAUCAAUCGAUGUGGAUGCGCAGAUCCAAGAUUUCCAAAGCCCUCUAGUAGAACACAAAUUUGUGACAUUAGAAAUGAGUACACGAGUAAGUUUGUCUUUCAAUUCACUUCGGAUAGCAUCAAAAAUAAAGGUAAACAUUGUGAAUUCUCCAUGCAUGCUUUGGAACUCAUUAUUGCGCUAUACUUUUGGUAUUUCAAAAAAGGGACCAUAUUCUGCAACAAUCUAGAGCUCAGUUUUAUUAACAUUUCAAUUGUUGGGCAUAAGAAUUAG